AUGUUUUUGUCUGAUAUGGAAAGAGUUGGGGAAGAAAUUGUGGCGAGUAACAGUAUACAAGUUAAAGAACUAGCUAGUAAUGUUGUUCUGUUUAAGCUAGAUGGUCAGGUUUUGACUCAAGAAUUUGGAUUAGCUAGAAAUGAUGAUCCUUCGAGGAGCGAUUUUCCGGGAAGUUCAGUUCAUAGGAAAGAUGAUGCUGGCUCAGGGGUUUCUGUGGAAGAGCUGACAUUGGGGAAGUUUAGGAAUCCGGUCUCGGGUUUAAGAAGUAAUAUUGAUAGUUUUAAGGCUGGGAAGUUUGACCAUCUGUCUGGUUUAGCGAAAGGAUUUGGUUUUGGUGGUGUAGAUGAGGAACUUCGUUCACGACCUCCUGAUAUGGAUCAGAUGUUGUCAAGAAUCAGACAACAGCUUUCAAGAGCUCCUCUUGAAAGGCAAAAUUUGAGACCUGAUCAGCCUCUUGACGCUGUUUCAGGACGAUUAAGAGUAGCAGGAGGAAGUGACAAGAGUAACAAAGAUGCAUCUGCAUUGACUAGUGGAGAUGUCCAUUUGGAAACACCCUUGAGUUCUUCAAAUUUUUCUCAGUUGAUAAGUAAAAGAGCUUUGAAAGGGAAGGAGAUAGUUGGAAAAAAACCGGAAACUCAUCUUGAAUUCGGCUUUGAUAAGGAUUUAGGAAGAAGCAAGGAAGAAAGACUGGAUCAUAAGUUGCCGACUACUCACAAUGUGUCAACCCUGAAAGCACUCCACGAAGAAAACAUGACGGUACUAUGCUCUGCAGAUGGGGAUUAUCCUAAACUUUAUCCGCAGGAAAUCAGUUUGAGGGAAUAUUUGAGAUCAGGUAAUAUUAAAAGAGAGAAACUUAGGGGACUUCUUCUGUUUAGGCAAUUGGUGGAGCUGGUUGACUCUGCCCACUCACAAGGAUUCUUUCUACAAGACCUAAGGCCUUCUUUUUUAUCUGUAUCUCCAUCUGAUAAGCUUAGGUACAUCGGUUCUUCCGGCAAGAAUGAUUCAGAUUGGGAUGCUAAUGAAGUUUCAAAUAGGAAGAGAACCUUAAGUCAAGAAUCAUCUACAGUAGAUAGAGAUUUAAAGCAAAGAAAAGUGGGUGGGCAUUUGCAUUUGCCAAGUAGUCGAUUGCAGGUCACCACAACUCAGAGACCUGGUACAAAGACAAGUCCUAUGAUUGAUUUAAAUGCGAUUGAUGAACAAGAUCAAAACUGUUAUGAACUUCACCAGCAAAACCAUUUUAGCCAUCUUGGUGCAUCUGUCACUCCGAUAAAGCAGUGUAUCUCCUCAGAACUUUGGCUUGAAAAACUGUGGUAUGCUUGUCCAGAGGAGCAAGGCAUAAACAAUAACAGAUUCAAAUCAAAUAUAUAUUCCCUUGGUGUUCUCCUUUUUGAGUUGCUAUGCGAUUGCGAGUCCACUGAGAUGUAUACUGCAAUGAUGGCAGAUUUAGGCCGUCGAAUUCUUCCACCAACGUUUUUUUCGCAAAACACCAAAGAAGCUGGAUUUCUAUUUUGGCUUCUACAUCCUGAACCCUCCUCUCGACCCACAGCUAGAGAAAUACUGCAGUCUGAGUUGCUAUGCAAGGAAAAUUCAGUUUCAUCCGCUGGUGAUGAUGAAGAGGUGCCGGAGCUGUUGCUUCACUUUUUGGCGUCACUAGAAAAGCAGAAGCAGAAACAUGCAUCUAAGCUAUUGCAAGACAUCCAGACCAUAGAGGAAGACAUCAAAGAAGCUGAGAGAAGGUAUUCUUCAAAUACAUCGCUAACCAUACCUCGUGGAGCUAGUGAAAGAAGAUUUCAAUCAUCUCAAGCAAAUGGAAGCUGUGAUACUAUCUCAAACACUCCGUUUGUGCCAACAGAUAGGCUGAUAAAUAAUAUCCGUCAAAUUGAGGAUGCAUACUUCUUCAUGAGAUCCCAAAUGAACGUACCAGGUUCUGCUAAGAGUGCCCGCUCUGACAAAAGCGUACUGAAGGACAGGGAUAUGUGUAAAUUUGAAACUUGUGGGACUAUAAGAAGCGGGGACCUUUUAAACUCAACGGGUUUGAUAUGCUCUUUGAGUUUUGACCCUGAUGAGGAACACAUAGCGGCAGCUGGUAUAUCAAAGAAGAUCAAGAUUUUUGACUUUGAUGCAUUCAUGGAUGAUUCAGUCGGUGUUCAUUAUCCGCUAGUUGAGAUGUGCAAUAAAACUAAACUAAGCUGUGUUUGCUGGAAUAGCUACAUCAAAAACUACUUAGCCUCAACUGACUAUGAUGGUGUAGUUCAGAUAUGGGAUGCUGGGACAGGACAAGGGUUUUCGCAGUACGCGGAACAUCAGAAGAGAGCCUGGUCAGUGGAUUUUUCCCCAUCCGACCCGACAAGAUUUGUCAGUGGAAGUGAUGAUUGUUCUGUGAAACUUUGGAGCAUCAAUGAUAAACGGUCAACAGGAACUAUCCGGAGUCCAGCAAAUGUGUGUUGUGUGCAGUUCUCUGGUUCAUCCAGUCACUUGUUGGCGUUUGGAUCAGCUGAUUACAAAGUCUAUUGCUACGAUCUUCGGUAUGUGAAAACUCCUUGGUGCACAUUAGCUGGUCAUGAGAAGGCUGUUAGCUAUGUGGAAUUUAUGGAUUCAGAAACCAUCGUUUCCGCUUCAACUGAUAACUCACUCAAGCUUUGGAAUCUCAACAAGACUUAUUCCUCUGGCUUAUCUUCUGGUGCAUGCUCAUCUACAUAUAAAGGACACACAAAUCAAAAGAAUUUUGUCGGUUUAUCAGUUUUGAACGGUUACAUAGCCUGCGGUUCAGAGACCAAUGAGGUAUACAAUUACUACAGAUCCUUACCAAUGCCAAUGACUUCGCACAAGUUUGGAUCAGUCGAUCCCAUUUCCGGAAACGAAUCCUAUGACGACAAUGGACAGUUUGUGUCGAGCGUCUGUUGGAGAAAAAAAUCGAAUAUGCUUGUAGCUGCUAGCUCUACUGGAACCAUGAAACUACUGAAACUGGUUUGA